AUGCACUACGUGGGAUCCAUUAAUGAGCUAUUCCACGCCGUACACGUGCCGUGGCGUUCGGUCGUACAAACAACGACGGAUAAAAGCCAAAGACCUCCUCCUUAUAAGGUGCCGCGUGCCAAGGGCCCGUUUAUUGCGAACAUUGCACUACACUCGUUCGUCGGCGAAGUGUUUCUGAUUGCACCCGACGUGCGACGCGUCAUCCUCUUUCGUCGUCGUCCGCGGGGUGCGCGAUCACGAGAUGCUUCGCGACAGAGAAGACAGAGAAGACAGAGAAGACAGAGAAGACAGAGAAGACAGAGAAGACAGAGAAGACAGAGAAGACAGAGAAGACAGAGAAGACAGAGAAGACCGAGAAGUUCGAGAAGGCAGAGAAGACAGAGAAGACAGAGAAGACAGAGAAGACAGAGAAGACAGAGAAGACAGAGAAGACAGAGAAGACAGAGAAGACAGAGAAGACAGAGAAGACAGAGAAGACAGAGAAGACAGAGAAGACAGAGAAGACAGAGAAGACAGAGAAGACAGAGAAGACAGAGAAGACAGAGAAGACAGAGAAGACAGAGAAGACAGAGAAGACAGAGAAGACAGAGAGGACAGAGAAGACAGAGAAGACAGAGAAGACAGAGAAGACCGAGAAGUUCGAGAAGACAGAGAAGACAGAGAAGACAGAGAAGACAGAGAAGACAGAGAAGACAGAGAAGACAGAGAAGACAGAGAAGACAGAGAAGACAGAGAAGACAGAGAAGACAGAGAAGACAGAGAAGACAGAGAAGACAGAGAAGACAGAGAAGACAGAGAAGACAGAGAAGACAGAGAAGACAGAGAAGACAAAGAAGACAGAGAAGACAGAGAAGACAGAGAAGACAGAGAAGACAGAGAAGACAGAGAAGACAGAGAAGACAGAGAAGACAGAGAAGACAGAGAAGACAGAGAAGACAGAGAAGACAGAGAAGACAGAGAAGACAGAGAAGAACAGAGAAGACAGAGAAGACAGAGAAGACAGAGAAGACAGAGAAGACAGAGAAGACAGAGAAGACAGAGAAGACAGAGAAGACAGAGAAGACAGAGAAGACAGAGAAGACAGAGAAGACAGAGAAGACAGAGAAGACAGAAAAGACAGAGAAGACAGAGAAGACAGAGAAGACAGAGAAGACAGAGAAGACAGAGAAGACAGAGAAGACAGAGAAGACAGAGAAGACAGAGAAGACAGAGAAGACAGAGAAGACAGAGAAGACAGAGAAGACAGAGAAGACAGAGAAGACAGAGAAGGCAGAGAAGACAGAGAAGACAGAGAAGACAGAGAAGGCAGAGAAGGCAGAGAAGGCAGAGAAGGCAGAGAAGGCAGAGAAGGCAGAGAAGGCAGAGAAGGCAGAGAAGGCAGAGAAGGCAGAGAAGGCAGAGAAGGCAGAGAAGGCAGAGAAGGCAGAGAAGGCAGAGAAGACAGAGAAGACAGAGAAGACAGAGAAGACAGAGAAGACAGAGAAGACAGAGAAGACAGAGAAGACAGAGAAGACAGAGAAGACAGAGAAGACAGAGAAGACAGAGAAGACAGAGAAGGCCGUAUUUCACGGUGGCGCCCGGAAACCGGAUUCCAAUGGGACUGAUAUCUUCAUCGCAUCGGAUGGCUUCUACAGUUGA